AUGCCUUUCAUUUACGAGAAACAAGACGCUUCGAAACUGCUCCCUCAGGAUUGGGCGGGGUAUGAAGGAGAAUGGCCUGAUCCUAAAUGGCCUGGUGGGGCAAAGAUCGCGGUGACUUUUAUGAUUCACGCUGAAGCUGGUGCUGAAAGGCAUCAAGUGAACGGUGAUCCUUAUCCCGAAGCAUGGCUGACCGAGAACAAUUUCUCAGGUUACGGAAGUCUUCCUCAUCGUGGUGGUGUAUCUGCUUCCACGGUAUACGAGUACGAAACCUGUCGUGCAUUUUGGAACCUCUUAGACGUUUUCGAUCGUUAUUCUCUCCCCGCAACCGUAUCAAUCUGCGGUCGAGCAGCAGAAGUUUUCAAACCUUUCGUGACAGAAUCAGAAUCACGUCAUUACGAAAUCAUCACAGAAGGUUAUCGUUUCAUUGAUUAUUUCGGUGAAGAUCCAAAAACCGAAGAUGAACAUAUUCGUAAAUCCAUCACUGCUAUCAAAGAAGCUGGGAAAGGAACGAUUGUUAAAAGUUAUUAUAUGGCAAGACCUACACAUUUAACAGAAGAUAUAGUUAGGAAAGCUUUUAAAGAGGAAACUGGAGAAGAAUUAAGUUAUAGUAAUUGUUUUUAUGGUGAUGAUUUACCUUAUUGGGGUCCUAGUGGACUUUUGUACGUUCCAAUGAGUUUGGAUUGUAAUGAUCAGAAAUUCGUAUCAUCUCCCGGUUUCUCAUCCGGUGUAGAUUUCUACGACCAUGUAGUAGGCGCUUUUGACGCUCUUUACUCUGAAGGUAUCGAAGGUUCUCCAAAAAUGAUGACCAUCGCACUUCAUCCAAGACUCAUCGCUCGUCCUGGUCGUCUAGCUUAUCUCAUCAAAGUCAUUGAACAUAUUCAAAAACAUGAUGGCGUAUGGUUUGCUAAGCGUCAAGAAGUUGCGGAUCAUUGGAAAAAGGUGCAUCCCAAGAAGUAGAUUCUCUCCGCUUUCAACAGGCGAUUAAGAUGAACUUGGCAGGUCGGGGAAUAUACUGUUUUGGGAUGUCUAGAUGCAUCAUGUGAAAUUGUGCCCGU